AUGACGACCUCUUCAGAACUGAAUUGGGAAAAGAUCGCAGCCACCAAGAGGGCGGCCCUCGCGGAACAGAUCCCACUGGAAUAUCGCAUACCACAGCAGUUGUUGCCCUCUGAUGAUCAGCUUGAUGUGACAACGUUUCCGAAAGAAUCGGGAUGGUUUGACCAGAAGGAAUUGGAAAUCACAGAAAGUAGCGCAACGCAGAUUCUGAAGAAGAUCGCUUCAAAUUCAUGGACGUCAGAAGAGGUUACACGAGCGUUCCUCAAACGUGCCGCAGCAGCACAGCAACUGACGAACUGUUUAACAGACUUUUUCCCUACUGAAGCCAUUAGUAUUGCGAAAUCGCUUGACGAACUCUUCCAAAAAACUGGAAAGCUCGUUGGCCCUCUCCAUGGGUUGCCCGUCUCGUUGAAAGACAACUUCAACAUUGUUGGGAAAGAUAGUACAAUCGGAUUUGCUUCUUUAGUCGAUGAGCCAGCAGCGUACAAUGCUACGCUGGUUGAGCUAUUAGAAAAGCUGGGAGCUGUGCGAUACUGUAAAACCAACGUGCCAACAGCGAUGAUGAUCCCCGAGUCGGUGAACAAUGGUGGAAGUCUUCGCAUCCCAGCAGCUUGCACAGGUAUCUUCACUUUACGGCCAUCUUUCGGAAGGUUCACGACCCAAGACUGUCGCUCCGGAUUAGCAGGUCAAGAAGCAGUCAUGAGUGUCAACGGUCCGAUGGCAAAAAGUCUGGAGGAUAUAACCUUCUAUUCCAAAGCUGUGGUAGACGCACAGCCGUGGCUAAUAGACCCGAAAUGCCUUCCUAUUCCGUGGAGGCCAGCAGAACGUAAAAGUAAGCUCAAGAUAGCAGUCUUGUGGAACGACGGGAUCGUCCAGCCGACUCCCCCUGUGACGAGAGCGUUGAAAGAGACGGUGGAGAAGUUGCAGGUGGCUGGGCAUGAGAUUGUCGGAGCUUGGGACCCCCUCCAGCAUCUCAAAGCUAUAGAGCUUCUGGGUCGUAUGUUUGUCGCUGAUGGCGGAAAGAGCGUGAGAAAACUGCUAGCACCGACCGAUGAGCCGUGGCGUCCCGAGAUGCGGAACUAUUCGGAGGCUCCUGAGCUCGGGACGUACGACAUGUGGCAACUCCAUCUGCAACGAUCUGAGGUGCAGAAGCAAUAUCUGGAGCAGUGGAUGUCUUAUGAUGGUCUGGAUGCUAUAUUGGGUAAUUACUAUCUCAAGCAAGAUGCAAUAGAUCGACUGACGGCUGCAUACAGCACCGACAUGUCCCUAUGCAGCCGUCGCGCAUGGUGA